GAGCGCGCAAACUUCAAUAGAAAAUCUGCAACCGCCUGUUCUUCCAUCUCAAUCUAUACUUGGAUAUAAGACGAGAUUGAAGCCAAACAAAAGGAGAAGGAACGCUGAUUCGGAAGACUUAUUGGGCUUAACAGCAAAGGAAAUAACCAUUUGAUUGGUAGAUUCCAUACUCAUCACGUGACAUAUACGAUGGCGCCAGUCACAUGGAGAGUCUAUACUACAUGCUUGACGCUGGUCAUGCUGUGUGUACUAGCUACAUACCAUGGUGCUGUGGCAGCUAAGCGGUGUGUAAGGACAUCAGGAGAUACACUAGACGUCGAGGAAUUCCAGUCUGCCUCCCCAUCGACUAUCAAAAAAAUAUUGGAAGCCUAUUUUCAAAACAGGAGAGCCAGUAAACCUACAUACAACAGACCAAUAUACACCUGUGUACCCCAAGGAGAUUCGUGUAGCCCCACUGGUAAGACUCCGUGUUGUGGUCGUAUGGGAUGUUAUAAAUAUAACGGAGAGAAGUGCGCCCGGGGAUCAAGAUGCGUUUGUAGAAACCCACAAUACUCCAUCGAUCCUGGCUUCUAGAAUCCUGCUAGAAAUGACUGAUUAAAGUGAUUAUCAUGAUUGAAAGUGUUCAGAGCUAGCCUUAUAUCAAUUUAUGUUUAGCUAAUGCCGAUAGAAUGUGUAG